AUGAAAGUGGAUGGCAUGUUACGGGCGGUGGUUUUACUGCUGGCAGGUGGCAUUGUCUACAGUAUAUGUCCGGAUAAUUGUGCUUGUACGGAGAAGUCGGUGGUCUGUUCGUAAGUUUUUUUGAAUUUCAAAGCUUUUAAAUGCUUAAAACGUAUUGAAAUAGGUACUUUUAAGUAGUUUUUAGUUAUAAAAUGUGUUGAAAACGUUAACAUUUGUUUUUUAACAUCAACGACAAAAAAACUGAAAGUAAAGUAGGCUUGGAUUCUAUUUUUACUCUUUACCUCUUUUUAUUAUACGUUUUACUACUUUUCUCUCAUUUCCGAGGCCAACUUACACGUUGGGAGUUGGUUUUUGUUCACAGCUCAGUUCACUCAUUAGUUUAAUACAAAUGAGCAUGGUCCAAACGACUUAACUGCCUCAGGGGAACGACGAUUAAAUCUGUUUAAUUUUCAGUUGCAACGACUCGCCUUGGGGACAGCCGGCUGUCGGAGUGACCAAAACAAAACUCAAAUUAACACCAUUCACAAAGCAAAUCGACUUCACGAGAGUGCUGGUGAUACACUCUUGUGAUCUAGUGAUAGUGCCCAACGACACCUUCAAAGAUGUCGAUAUUAUCGACCAGAUCAAGUUCAUGGCGAUUGGACAAGUUGAGAUACAUCCUCAUGCCUUCAGAGGUAUCAGAACGUGCCCGAGGCAGUUUGUCAUUCAGGAUUCAUACAUCCCGCAGCUUUCUAAUUACGCAUUCAACGGACUAACCAACAUGGAUCAUCUUUGGCUACGUAAUGUCAGUAUUGGCAAGAUUUCAAAACUUUCUUUCGCCAACUUGUCCAACAUACAGUACAUCUACUUCAGAGAUGCGGCCAUCAGGUUUAUUGAAAGUGGAGCGUUUGGUAAGGUAUUUGAAGGCACUUUUGUUGAUGUAUUAAAUUAAUACUUGUGUCGAUAACUGAACGAAUGUUAAUACCAAAAAUACUUUGUUUUAAUUUUUGAAUGUAUUUUCAGCUCACAUGAAGAACAUUACCUUCUUCUACAUGAGAGAGAAGAUUCUGUGCAGAGAAGUGGGUGACUUCAUCUUCAUUGGCUCCACUAUCAACGAAGUUAUCAUAGAGAAGGCUCACAUUCACUCAACUGACCUAUCGUUUGUCGGUCUCUGUGCUCAAGAUGUUUAUCUGAGGAAUGUCAAGAUCACGGCCAAACGAACUUCCAAACUAUCCAGAAUCCCGAUGCAGAAGGUCAAGAAGUUCAGGGUGCAGAACUCUGUCCUCAACCGGUUCGUCCUUGCUUUCCACUACAAUAUCUCGUCGAUCGAGUUCCAGAAGGUUAAGAUCAGUCACUUCUUGAGAGCUCCGAAUCUGAUUCCUCAGAAUAUCGACAGGGUUUUGUUCAAGGAAUCUGUGAUUACACAUUGGCACGGCCACGCCGUCAGUUCGGCCAAAGGGAUGUUAUCCUUGACAUUGGAGUUGUCAUCGAUCGACAAGAUCAACCGUCACGGUGUCUAUGCUUCUGAAAUCGACACGGUAAACAUAAUCAACAGUAGAAUUGACACGAUCGAUUCUAAUGCCUUCAGUCGGAAUGACUUUAACGUUGUGUUUGUGAAUGGAUCUUCGAUCAACUUUAUGGGGAAACAUUCAAUGUCAGGGUCUCAGAUCCAGAACUUCACCAUGAUGUUGUCUGAGAUCAAUGCUAUUGAAGAACAGAGCUUCGGAUUUAUAAAUUGUACGCUGAUGACAUUCGAACAGAAUGAGAUCAACGUUCUGCCAGAGAGUUUGUUCAAGUCUUCAAUGGUAAGUUAUUGUGGUUAUCUUUUUAUAUUAUAUCGGCAUACUUUUGACGUUUUAAAGUAUGAUAGUGUAUUUGGAUGUGUAAAGUAUUAUAUCAAUUAUGUUUUGUAAAAAUGAAGCACAAAUGUUAAGUAAUUAUGAAAAAACAACGUUUCUAAAGAUAUUCUCUUUUGCAACUUGACGUCGAUCAAUUACAUCUCAUCUUUGUUUCAGAUUGAUGAAUUGCAAAUCAAUAACUGCACAUUUCCGGGUGUGAUAUCUGAGAAUAGCUUCAACAAUCUGAUAGUGAACAAGUUGAAUGUCGUCGACUCCUCGUUUAACUGUACGGAGUCUACCUGCGAGUUUAACUCCAUGUUGUUCAAGCCCAGUAUCAACUCGAUAGCAUGGAACUUCGAGCGUAACAGAUGUCUCGAGCCAGAAGAUACGACGAUAUGCAGAGACGAGGUAGACUUCGAGCCCCACAAUGGCAUCAAAUGUAGACGACGUCAACUGAUAGUAGAGUGUAUAUGUACAGACGAAUCAAUGGAUCCGGUCUUUUGGAUGGGGGACAACGUUACAGUAGUCACGAUAGGAGACUGUAAACGGCUGAAGAUAGUCAAGAGCGAAACAUCACAUCCGUCAGUUCAGGUUAUGUACUUGUACAGGAUAGAACUGCUAGACAUAGCAUCAGUAGACCCUUCUUUCACACAGCUACACAUUCUACACUCUCACGUCUACUUCUCUCAGUCGUAUGGUCUCUCGUCGCUCAACCUCUACACUCUCAACUUCAUAGGGACCUUCAUCCACAACAUAGCGCCUUUGGCCUUUGCCUCAACUACAGUAGACUAUCUCACGAUAAAUGAGACGACAAUUCGGUCGGCUAGCGGAAACUCCUUCUCUAAUGGCCAUAUCAAUAGUGUCGAGAUCAGUCAUAGUAACAUCUUUUCGUUUGGUAACUGGCUGGAGCGGACUCGGGAGUUGAGGGCUAAGAACAGCUUCCUGCACGACAUGUAUGGUGUUGAGAAUGUGACAGAGAUAUGCUUGCUCAACAACAGUAUCAACUGUGUCUGUAUAGUGAACCCAUCACCUGCUCAAAUCGUAUGUGGCAGUAUAUCUAGUCAGUGCCUAGAGUUUGUGGACUUGGACGGAAAGCAUGGUACUGGUUGUGGUGCUCAAUUGGCACCGUUAGAGGUUAGGAAUAUGCUCAGUAGUAGUAACUCGAUUAGUAUUUUGGUAUCUAUGUACUUGUUGAUAGUCAUGCUCAUGUAA